UACUUUCAUACUUUAUACCCAAGCACACGUCGCCGUGCCGUUGAACCCAACCUCCCCCCAAUAUAUACUGCCAAAGAAACAGAGUCCUCCGCUUCCCCACCUCACCCGUUCCAUAUAUAAACCCCAAAUCCCUUCUCUUCUCCCAAAACCCUUCUUUCUGCUUCUCUCUGUUUUCGUCUCUACGCUAAGGACUCCAGAAACCCUCCGUUCAUCCAAGACCCAUCUCUUUUUUCCUCUGUUUUUUAUCACAUGGCGAAGCCUUCCAUGAAAACAUCAAUAGUGGUGAUGGCCGAUGCAGCUUCGUGGUUCUGUGCUAUUGCGCUGGUGGCCCUGAUCCUGGUGAGCUCCCUGAGAGAGAGUUCUCCGGCGAGUGAACCCGUGAAGGGCACCCAACUUCUCGACCGGCCGUGCGACGAAAUCUAUGUCGUCGGAGAAGGGGAGACUCUCCACACCAUCAGCGACAAGUGCGGCGACCCCUUCAUAGUGGAGCAGAACCCACACAUCCAUGACCCAGAUGAUGUCUUCCCCGGGCUCGUCAUCAAAAUAACUCCCUCAAAGCACAGGAAAUUAUUGAGGAGGUAGUCGCGAUCGAUUAUAUAUAUAAAUAUAUAUAUUCACAGAGAUCAAAGGCUUCACAGAUUGAUACGGGGACAGGGUUGUAUUAUAUAAUAACAUAUACAUACAUAUAUAUAUAUAUAUAUAUAUAUGUAUGUUUAUGCCUAUAUGUAGAUUGGAUUAAGUCAAAAACUCUUUGAAUUUUGGAUUUUCAGCUUUUUUUUCUUUCUUCCAUACCCUUUUCCUUCUGUAUAAAGGAGAUGACGAAGAUGAUGUUUUGAAUAAUUUUUCGUAGUCUGUAUAAUAUAUUUCGAUCAAAUUUUCUCUCGCUGGAA